UGCUGUCUUGUUUGGAGGUGGAAGGAAACCCAAGGAAACGGAAAAGAAGAGCGUCAAAAUAAUGGAGUCGGAAAUAUUGAAGAUCAUCUGCGCCAAUCAAGGAUCAGUUGACACUGAUUAUUUGAUAUUGAAUCUCGGCUCAGGCGAUGAAAUUCAUAAUAUCAUUAGUAACCGAGAUAGAUUUGCUUUGUGUAGUCCUUUCGGGCAGCCGAAGGUGGUGGCCAGGACCAGACUGAAACUGUGCAGAGUCAGAGAGUGUCCGGGAUCAUGCAGGGCGCUGCACCUGUGUAAAAAGUUCCUCCUCACCGGAUCCUGCCCGUUCACACGGUCGAGGACAGGAUGCAGAUUCUCCCAUGAGCUAGACUCUGAUCACAAUGCGGGGUUACUGCGAGAGCAUGAGCUGGAGAGUCUGAGCCGGGCCGAACUGUGCACACUGCUGCUGCAGAGCGACAACUGGCUUCUGCCUGAUAUUUGUCGUCAUUACAACAAUGGUGGCGGGGAGUUUGGCUUGUGUCAGGAGGGUUUCGCCUGCAAGAGACUGCAUAUCUGUGAGAGGUUCCUGAACCGCGACUGCACCUGCUCCAAGGCUCAUGAUUUUAAUGCUCCACAGCCAUACAAGAGCCUGCAGGAGAAAGGCGUUCCUGAAGACCUCACUCAUUCCCUGAAGUCUGUUUAUGCAAACAUAUUUGCUUUGAAGUACACUGACAGAAGGCAACAAAAUCUUCCCAACAACACUGACGCGAACAGCGACGAUGGCCUGAAUUACAGAGUGAGAGGGAGAGGUAACGGGGGCAACAGAGGCAACAGGGGAAAUAGAGGCAACAGAGGCAACAGGGGCAAUAGAGGAAAUAGAGGAAACCCAGGCAACCAUCAACCGGCACAACGAACCUCUUCCACUGAUGACAUCCUUGCUGAAAUCAACGCCUUAAAUCCUUACAGCGACGAUGGAAUGAACGAUUGGCUAAACUCUUCCACCAGUGACAUCUCCGUUGCUGCCAGCGGCACCGAUGUGAGCAGCGACGAUGGUCAGAAAAAAAAACAAAAUCCGAAUAAAACUUCAACAGCUGUCAGAGAGAAAGGCGGGAACAUAGGCAGACCAUCAACCAGUUCCACUAAUGACAACCCCGGUUCUGUCAUCGACGAUGCAAACGCCGAGGAUGGACCGAACAGAAGACAAAGGCAAAGGCCUGUUAGAGAUAAAACUGAGAUAUGCAUGUUCUUCAUCAAAGGAAACUGUAUACAUGAGGAACGAUGUUUUAAAGCUCACGACAAGAUGCCGUACAGAUGGGAGGUCAGAGAGGACGAUCAAUGGACCGCCUUGACUGAUAAUGAAAAUGAGGCGAUUGAGAAGGACUACUGUGACCCUAAAAACACAUACAGUCAGCACCCCUACAGCACCCCACCUGUGCAUUUUGACACAAUGACCCGUGGAUCGAACAAAGUCCGACGACUCUCUACCACAAACUCUUUGCUUGAGCCAACCUUCAUCCACACCACUGAGUGGGUUUGGUACUGGGAGGAUGAGUUCGGAAAGUGGAACAUGUACGCUUCAGCUGCUGGUGGAUGCAAAGUAGCAGACGUAGACAGUCCUACACUGGAGCAGAAGUUUCUGGACAAUGACAAAGAUGUGGUGGAGUUCACCGCUGGUUCACAGUCAUACUCACUCAGUUUCCAGGACAUGAUACAGACAAACAAGCAGUAUGGCACCAAGAGGCUCGUGAAAAGACGGCCGCUGUUUGUCUCCGCAGCUGAUGUCAAAUCAAAGAAAACGAGAAAGCCUCCUGGUCAACUAAAUUUGACCGCUGUACCCGACCACUGGGACAAGACACAGAUUCCUCAAACAGGAUACAAGCGAGUCCCCCUGCAACGCUCCUCGGAUGAAUUUAAGGAGAUUGAAACUCUUUUCUGUAAAACCAUGAGAGGCUUUGACAUUGUCCAAAUUGAGAGGAUUCAGAACAAAGCUCUUUGGGAAGUCUUUCAGUGGCAGAAAAAGCAGAUGAAGAUCAACACCAAGCGACCCUAUGUGACUGAAAAAAAGCUUUUUCAUGGCACUGACUCUAAAUACGUAGAUGUCAUCUGUCACACCAACUUUGACUGGAGAAUCUGUGGAACUCAUGGAACAGUUUAUGGCAAAGGUAGUUACUUUGCCCGGGAUGCAGAAUACUCCCACAGCUACACCGGUGACUCUGAUGUCAAAUCCUUGUUCAUCUCACGGGUGCUGGUGGGAGAUUACACCAGAGGGUCCUCCGACUACGUCCGACCUCCUUCUAAGGACGGUGGAGACAUAAACUUCUUUGACAGCUGCGUCGACGACGUUAUAUCCCCUUCCAUCUUUGUUGUGUUUGAGAAGCACCAGAUCUACCCCGAGUAUCUGCUGCAGUACAAGACCACGCAACCAAAGACCUCUGAUUCCUGUGUCAUUGCUUAGGGACAAAGCUGUAAGACCCAAAGACAAGGCCUUUUGGUAAUGAGGCAAUGAUAUCCUUUGAAAUGUGAGGAGUAGAGUGGCUUCAAUGCAGUAGUGUCACUUAGACUGUUUAUUUAAUUAGAAGACUGUAUAACACUAGAAUGAUUAAUCCCACGUAUAAAAACAGUGCAGUAGAAAGAACUACAGUGAACAGGAAAUAUUAAUGACAGAUCUGCCAAGUUCAUAAAUCCAAAUGUAACACAACUUUUCAAUUUCCAGAAAAUCUGCAGAAGAAAAUGCAAAUGAAUGUGCCUUUCCAUCCACUGUUGUUAUGCGAAUAUUAGGAGAUAAACGGUUGGUGGCACUAAUUCUCUAGUCGGGUGACAUGAAAGCAUUGCAGUAGAAGAGGGCGCAAGAAGAUGACGUGCUGUAAGGCGUCAAACUUCAAAUGAACGAAAACCACGUCGAAAACGCAACUGAAAUAAAGCAUUUCUGUUUGGUUCAUGUUUUAGUAGUAAUAUAAUAGGGCUGUCAAAAUGAACACGAUAAUAACGAGUUAACGCAAAUUCCUUUUAACGUUACUAAUUUCACACACGUGCGUUCUGUGAUUUGGGCUGCUCUAUAGUUUGGGAAACCAGGAAACAGCAGCUGUAACCAGAGUUUA